UUGGAUAAAUUUACCCACUGAAAAAUAAAAAUGAAAAUAAAAAUGAAAAUAAAAAUCAUGAACCCCCUCCUUCAUAAACGUAGAACUAGCACUGCCUAAUGCUCGAAUGUAUGAAACCCUACUCGUUCUUAAAAACCUUCUCCAUGGCCAUAAUUUCAUGAAAUUUCAGGCCUUUCUGUAUUAAUAUCCUUCACCCAUUAUUUUCUCAACUUUCCUCUCUCUUUUUCCUCUUUUUCAUUAGAUCUAUCCAUUUUUUCAUCUGGGUAUCUCCCAAGUUAUCAAACCCAAUCCAAAAAUUAAAAUAAAUUAUGAUAUUUUCUAAACUGGGUCGUUCUCUUUCUCGUGCUUCUCGAUCAAGGAAUCUCAUCAAUGGAUGUUACAAAGGGAGGCCAGCGAUUCUAGAUGAGAGUGUAUUAAGAGUUCCAUUUGUUAAUUCCUCUGUAAAUCGAUUUGAUCCUAAUUCAGGGUUUCUGAGGAGUUAUUUGGCUUCAAUUGGAGCUCAGAAUAAAGACUAUUUGUCUGAUAUUAAAUGUAUGCUUGCAAAUCCUAGUCUUUGUAGGUUUUUCUCCAGCGAGGCUCCUAAGAAAAAGAACUAUGAGAACUUUUAUCCUAAGGAUAAGAAGGAAAUUCCGAAAACGGAUGAGCAGAAAUCCGAGUCGAAAGAGGAAUCAAACUCAAACACCGAGGAUCAAGGAAAUUUUCAAGAAACAUUUAUGAAGCAGUUUCAGAGUUUGUUGACUCCUCUCCUAAUGAUUGGGCUUUUCCUCUCAACGUUCUCUUUUGGUUCUCGUGAUCAGCAGCAGAUUAGUUUCCAAGAAUUUAAAAAUAAGGUUCUGGAACCUGGUCUAGUUGAUCAUAUUGUCAUUUCAAAUAAAUCAGUUGCUAAAGUUUAUGUGAGGAGUACAGCACGGGAUCAGAUUAACAAUGAUGAUUUGCAAGGGCCUGGCAGUGGUGCACCUUCGAGAGGUCAAUCAGGCCAGUACAAGUACUAUUUCACCAUUGGAAGUGUUGAAAACUUUGAAGAAAAGUUGGAGGAAGCCCAGGAGACCUUGGGGAUUGAUCCCCAUAAUUAUGUUCCUGUAACAUAUACUGAUGAAGUGGUCUGGUAUCAGGAACUGAUGAGAUUUGCACCCACACUUUUGAUUCUCGGAUCACUUUUAUACAUGGGUAGGAGGAUGCAAGGUGGGCUUGGUGUUGGCGGCACUGGUGGAAGAGGAGCUCGUGGAAUUUUCAACAUUGGAAAAGCUCAAAUUACGAAGGUGGAUAAGAAUGCCAAGAAUAAGGUGUACUUCAAGGAUGUUGCUGGCUGUGAUGAAGCAAAGCAAGAAAUCAUGGAGUUUGUGCACUUCCUUAAGAAUCCAAAGAAGUAUGAAGAUUUGGGUGCAAAAAUUCCCAAAGGUGCUCUGUUGGUUGGGCCGCCAGGGACAGGAAAGACGCUACUAGCUAAGGCAACUGCUGGGGAAUCUGGUGUACCCUUUCUUUCUAUAUCUGGUUCAGAUUUUAUGGAGAUGUUUGUUGGUGUUGGGCCAUCUAGAGUAAGAAACUUAUUCCAGGAAGCAAGACAAUGUGCACCUAGUAUUAUUUUCAUUGAUGAGAUUGAUGCAAUUGGACGGGCUAGAGGACGUGGAGGGCUUUCUGGUUCAAAUGAUGAGCGGGAAAGCACUCUUAACCAGCUGCUUGUUGAGAUGGAUGGUUUUGGAACUACCACUGGAGUAGUGGUACUUGCUGGCACAAAUAGGCCAGAUAUAUUGGAUAAAGCUUUGUUAAGACCCGGUCGAUUUGAUCGCCAGAUCUCCAUUGACAAGCCUGAUAUUAAAGGCCGGGAACAAAUAUUUCAGAUUUAUUUGCAAAAGAUCAAGCUGGAUCAUGAACCUUCAUACUACUCAGAGAGACUUGCAGCACUCACACCUGGGUUUGCUGGAGCAGACAUAGCAAAUGUUGUUAAUGAAGCUGCAUUAAUUGCUGCCAGGCAUGAGGGGACAGUUGUUACAAUGGAUCAUUUUGAAUCUGCUAUAGAUAGAGUUAUCGGUGGCCUGGAGAAGAGAAACAGGGUAAUAAGUAAGUUGGAAAGACGCACUGUUGCUUACCAUGAAUCAGGUCAUGCUGUUGCUGGGUGGUUUCUGGAACAUGCAGAGCCGCUUUUGAAAGUUACAAUAGUUCCCCGUGGAACAGCUGCUUUAGGAUUUGCACAAUAUGUUCCAAAUGAAAAUCUUCUUAUGACCAAAGAGCAGCUUUUUGACAUGACUUGCAUGACCCUUGGUGGCCGAGCAGCUGAACAGGUUCUGAUAGGGAGAAUCUCGACGGGAGCUCAGAAUGACCUGGAAAAGGUGACGAAAAUGACAUAUGCCCAAGUAGCAAUCUAUGGUUUCAGUGACAAAGUGGGCCUGCUGUCGUUCCCCCAAAGGGAGGAUGGUUUUGAAAUGUCAAAGCCGUACAGCAAUAAGACUGGUGCAAUCAUAGACGAAGAGGUGAGAGAAUGGGUUUCAAAGGCAUACAAGCGGACGGUUGAAUUGAUAGAGGAACACAAGGAAUCUGUUGCUAAAAUUGCAGAACUAUUGCUUGAAAAAGAAGUCCUCCAUCAAGAAGACUUGCUUAAAGUUCUAGGUGAACGACCUUUCAAAUCUGCGGAGCUCACAAACUAUGAUAGGUUCAAGCUAGGUUUCCAAAAAGAAAGUGAUAAGACUAAUGAGGUCACUGAGAACCAGACGUCAGAGGACGAUGGUUCAUCGCCUUUGAUACCAGAUGUGGUCCCCACAUAGAUAGUAGUAAACACUAAACAAAGGCUCUUUCAUUUGUGUUGUACAUGGUUCUUGUUUCUCUCCUUCUCCUUCUCCUUCUCCUUCUUUAGUGAAAAGGUGUAUAAUGAAAUUUUUACGCAUUGUAUGCUCUUUAAUAUCUUAUUUCUUCAAUGAGAUAAAUUUGAUGUUUACAA